AUGGCUCAUCUACAAGAGAAAGGAACCUUCUGGGGCAAAGUACGCUCUUCAACAAACAAAAUAUCUUCAUCAUUGGCAAAUUUAUCAAUAAGAUCAGAACAUGAUGGUGAUAGUGUUAAUUCAACAUUGAUUCACACAGCUUUAGUGAACCAUUACAUCAAAAAGAAUGAACAAUUUCCUUCAUGGCUUGGAGAAGAACAACAUGAACCUCAACAAAGACAACAACAACAACAGCAACAACAACAACAAUCAAGUCAACAAUCUUCAGUCCAAGAACAAAUUAGACAACCAGUUCAUACACAACGAUUCCAACCUCAACAAUCUCAUCAACAAGCUGGAACUUCAAGAUUUGCUAGUCGGUUCCAACAAGAACAACAGCAACAACAACAACGUCAAACCAACCAAUCACCUCAAUUGUCCAGUAGAUUUGGUUCUUCAGUGGAUAGUUCGUCUGCUGGUUCCAGAUUCAGUGGGAACAGUGGGAACGGGCAUGGGCUUCCGGGUGGUGGACCUCAAAGAACAGACUCUUCGAGUGGGAAUGCUAUGAAAGAUAGACUAAAGAGAAACAACUACAGAAGUAAUUUCAACGUGUGA